AUGGAGCCUGCAUUUCCACAUGGCUAUCGCCUCCGUGCUCGUCGCGGAGCGCCGGCUCUACGCACGCGUGCUCGAGCCCCUACCACGAUCGGUCUGGCCCGAGUGCUUCGCCAAGAUCGCCGCCCGCAACAUCGCGGCAUUCUUCCGCUUCGCGGACGGCGUGGUCAUCGCGGCGCGCGAGCCGCAGAGUCAGUCCAAGCAGCUCGACAUGCUCGACGCGAUGGCCCGGGGAGGGAGCGCCUGGACAAGCUCUUCUCCAACGAGUCGGCCACGCUGGUCGUUAUCCGCGAGCGCACGCGCGAGGUGGAGCGCGAGCUGGUGCGCGCCGUGUCCAGCGUGUUCUUGGAGUUCGGUCUCCGCAUCGAGAUGCUCUACGUCACCGGCGCCGGCGCCGACGCGGGGCACGUGCCCAAGAUUGUGCAGUACGCCGUGAACUCCCUCAAGUGCCUCGCGUCCGACGACUACCGUGCGCUCAUGGACACCGCGCUGCGCGUGGAUCUGGAGCGCGGCGACGAGGACGAGGACGUGGGCGAGGGUGACCACGCCCCGCUCGCCGAGGCGAUGGCGAACGUGGGGGAGGCGCUGCACCGGCAUGUCGAGGCGGUGCGCGGGGUGUGCCCGGACACCGUGGCAUCGCACGUCAUGGCCAUGAACGCGUACUGGUACAUCUACGUGCACGCCCGGGGCUCGAAGCUAGCAAAGCUGGUGGGCAAGGACACCAAGCGCCGCCGGUACAAGGCGGCGGCCGAGGAGGCAGCGUGGGAGUACCAGGGCGUGGUGUGGACCCCGCUGAUUCACAAGUGGAGCUGCGGCGCGGGCCAGCCCGGAUGCUCUGCGGAUGAUCGCCUGCGGCCUGCGUGUGCAGGGUUUGCUGUCUGUGCUGUUUCCCGUCUGCUAGUUGCCGAGGCGUUCGGGUUUGUGCUGUUCCGUGAUUGGGAUAGGUGGAUCUGCGGGGUGAAUGUGUUUUGUGGUGUGCGGGCGACGAGCUCUAUCAAUUUGGGAAAUAUGGAUGGACCUGUUGAUGACCCUGUGGAGAACAACCUCACCGGAAAUCCUAGUACCCUUGGCAAUGAGGAAGAAGCCAAUACUUAUGCUGAUGUGCAAGUCAAGGAAGAACCAGAAAAUCUCUAUGACGAGGAAUCCAAGGAAGAACCAGAAAAUCUCUAUGUGCAAGUCAAGGAAGAGCAUGCGAACAUGAACAAUGAAGAUGUGGGAGGUCAGAACAAGGAGGACCAAGCUACCCCCACAGAGCACGGUGAGGAAGCUGGGGUGAAGCAGCAGGAUGCUACAGUUCCUGAUGACAGGAAGUGGCCUGGGUGGCCUGGAGAGAGUGUGUUCCGUAUACUGGUUCCUACCACAAAGGUGGGUGCCGUCAUUGGGCGCAAAGGGGAUUUCAUCAAGAAAAUGUGUGAGGAAUCCAGAGCUCGCAUCAAGGUUCUUGAGGGACCACCAGCUGUGCCAGAAAGAGCGGUAAUGAUUUCAGCAAAGGAUGAACCAGACACAGUGCUACCUCCAGCUAUUGAUGGGUUGCUUAGAGUUCAUAAAAGGAUAACAGAUGGUUUAGAUGGUGAAACUGAUCAGCCUCAACGAGCUACUGUCACCGCUGGGCCGACAAGGCUGCUGGUCCCGGCUUCCCAAGCUGGCAGCCUGAUUGGGAAGCAAGGAGCAACUAUUAAAUCAAUACAGGAUGCUUCAAAGUGCGUUCUCCGGAUUGUUGAGAAUGUUCCACCUGUUGCAUUAAACGAUGACAGAGUUGUAGAGAUACAGGGUGAACCUCUUGAUGCUCACAAAGCCGUGGAACUGAUUGCAAGUCAUUUAAGAAAAUUUCUUGUUGACCGCAGUGUCCUUCCUUUGUUUGAAACACAGAUGAAAGCGCACAAUGUGCACAGAGAGCAACCUAUGCCUCCUCCACAGGCAUGGGGUCCCCCUCCGCCCUCACCCUGGGGUCAUCCACCACCAAACCUUCCUCCUGGUGGCCCAGGUUAUGGUGGGAACCCACAGUACAUGCCUCCACCUCCACGGCCACAAGAGAGCUAUUAUCCUCCUCCUGAUGUGCCCCCUGUAGAAAAGCAACCACACUAUGGAAUUUCUUCAUAUGGACGCGAUGCACCUCUGAGUGCUCCCCCAGGGAAUCAAAACCAAUCACAUGGGUCUUCUCAGGUGACACACAGCAUGCAAGUUCCUCUUUCCUAUGCUGAUGCUGUGAUAGGAUCAGCUGGUGCCAGUAUCAGCUACAUCCGCAGACAUAGUGGAGCAACUAUAAGUAUUCAAGAAGGUGCUCCUGGGGAGAUGACAGUGGAGAUAACAGGAAGUGCUUCACAAGUACAGACUGCUCAACAGCUAAUCAAGAAUUUCAUGGCUGAAGCUUCUCCCCAGGGACCACCAGCUCCACCUGCUCAACCAGUGGACACGGGUUACAGCUCGUAUCCACCGUACGGUGGAGCAUCAUAUGGGUCUCCUCCCGGUGCCCCAGCUCCAGCGCCUCACAAUGGUGGAAGCUAUGGCGCUGCACCAUACCCGCCGAGCUAUGGAUACUAA